CGGCCGCGGGACUCCCCGUCCGCGGAGCGGGCUAGGAGGUCCCCGUGCCCUUGGGGCCGCGGGAUGCGGCCGAGGCGCUGGGAGGCGCCGGCGGGCGGCCGGCUGCUCGGCGCUCCCCCUCGGCCGCGGGCGGGAUGGUGCGUCCCGCAGGGCGCGCGCGGCUCCCGCGCUUCGGCCGCCCGGGCGGGUGGGGGAGCGGGUCCGACUCGCAGGACGCGGCCGGGCGGCGCGGUUGGGGAGCGGGCCCCGCGGGGCGGGGCGGGAGCCGCCGCGACCAUGUCGGACCCGGCGCCCAAAGUUCCCGAGGAGAUGUUCAGGGAGGUCAAGUACUACGCGGUGGGCGACAUCGACCCGCAGGUUAUUCAGCUUCUAAAAGCUGGGAAAGCUAAGGAAGUGUCCUACAAUGCACUAGCCUCCCACAUAAUUUCAGAAGAUGGGGACAAUCCAGAGGUUGGAGAGGCUCGGGAAGUCUUCGAUUUGCCUGUCGUAAAGCCGUCUUGGGUGAUUUUGUCCGUUCAGUGUGGAGCUCUCCUGCCCGUAAACGGUUUUUCUCCAGAGUCAUGUCAAAUUUUUUUUGGAAUCACUGCCUGCCUCUCCCAGGUGUCGUCUGGAGAUCGAAGUGCCCUGUGGGCUUUGCUUACCUUCUAUGGGGGGGACUGCCAGCUGACCCUCAACAAGAAAUGUACGCAUUUGGUUGUUCCAGAACCAAAAGGGGAGAAAUACGAAUGUGCUUUAAAGCGGAUAAGCAUAAAGAUUGUGACCCCGGACUGGGUCCUGGAUUGCGUAUCUGAGAAAACCAAAAAGGAUGAAGCAUGCUAUCAUCCUCGUCUGAUUAUUUAUGAGGAGGAGGAAGAGGAAGAAGAGGAGGAGGCAGAAAACGAGGAACAAGAAUCCCACAAUGAGGGCAGUUCAGACGAAAAAUCAAGCCCUGCCAGUUCUCAAGAGGGAUCUCCCUCAGGUGACCAGCAGUGUUCACCCAAGUCACACACUGAAAAAGCCAAAGGGGAACUGAUGUUUGAUGAUUCUUCGGACUCGUCGCCUGAGAAACAGGAGCGGAAUUUGAACUGGACGCCCGCCGAAGUCCCUCAGAUAGCUGCAGCCAAGCGCAGACUGCCCCCUGGGAAGGAGCCCGGGCUGAUUAACUUAUGCGCCAAUGUGCCGCCCGCCCCGGGUAGCGUCCUGCCACCUGAGGUCCGGGGCAGUUUAAUGGCUUCGGGACAAAAUCUCCAAAGUUCUGAGAGAUCGGAAAUGAUAGCUACCUGGAGCCCAGCUGUGCGGACACUGAGAAAUAUUACCAAUAAUGCUGACAUUCAGCAGAUUAACCGACAAUCAAAUGUAGCACAUAUCCUGCAGUCACUCUCGGCGCCAACGAAGAGCCUAGAGCAGCAGGUGGUGCCCAGUCAGCAGGGCCACACCAGCGCCAGUGCUGUUCUCUUCGGCCAGGUGAAGGUGGCCGCAGAGCCACAGCCGCAGCCCCCAGUGCUGCACCUCCCAGCCCAGCAGGUCCUGCAGCUCCAGCAGCCACAGCCGUACCCCCAGCCCCAGCCGCACCCUUUCCCGCCACCACAGGCCCAUCAGCACCCCUUCCCGCAGCAGCAGGCUCUGCAGCAGCAGCUGCAUCAGCUGCAGCAACAGCAGCUGCAGCAACAGAUGCAGGCACAGCUGCAGCACCAGCAGCACCCCCUGCAGCAGCCACAGCGCCUGCACCCUCAGCAGCAGCACCUGCACCCCCAGCAGCAGCACCUGCACCCGCAGCAGCAGCAGCAGCACCCGCACCCACAGCAGCAGCACCAGCAGCACCCACAGCAGCAGCUGCAGCACACGCACCGGCCCCUGCAGCUCCCACUUCCGCUCUUCGGACACGACCCGGCCGUGGAGAUUCCAGAAGACGGCUUCUUACUGGGAUGUGUGUUUGCAGUCGCAGAUUAUCCUGAGCAGAUGUCUGAUAAACAGCUGCUGGCCACCUGGAAAAGGAUCAUCCAGGCACAUGGCGGUGCUGUGGAUCCCGUGCUCUCCAGUCGCUGCACACACCUCCUCUGUGAGAGCCAGGUUAGCGGCAUGUAUGCACAGGCGAUUAGAGAAAGGAAGAGAUGUAUCACAGCACACUGGUUAAAUACCGUCUUGAAGAAGAAGAAAAUGGUGCCGCCUCAUCGAGCCCUUCAUUUCCCGGUGGCAUUCCCCCCAGGAGGAAAGCCGUGUUCUCAGCACAUUAUUUCUGUGACUGGAUUUGUCAACAGUGACAGAGAUGACCUAAAGCUAAUGGCUUACCUGGCAGGUGCCAAGUACACAGGCUACUUAUGCCGCAACAACACAGUGCUCAUCUGUAAAGAACCCACUGGUUUAAAGUAUGAAAAAGCCAAAGAGUGGCGGAUACCGUGUGUGAACGCCCAGUGGCUGGGUGACAUCCUGCUGGGGAACUUUGAGGCCCUGCGGCUGAUCCAGUGCAGCCGCUACACCGCCUUCAGCCUGCAGGACCCGUUUGCCCCCACCCAGCAUCUCGUUUCGAAUCUUCUGGAUGCUUGGAGAGUUCCAUUAAAAGUGUCAGCAGAGUUGUUGAUGGGUGUAAGACUACCUCCCAAACUAAAACAGAAUGAAGUUACCAACAUCCAGCCUUCUUCCAAGAGAGCGAGAAUUGAAGAUGUACCACCUCCCACUAAGAAGUUAACACCAGAAUUGACCCCUUUUGUGCUUUUCACUGGAUUUGAGCCUGUCCAAGUUCAACAGUACAUUAAGAAGCUCUACAUUCUUGGAGGCGAGGUUGCUGAGUCUGCGCAGAAAUGCACACACCUCAUCGCCAGCAAGGUGACACGCACAGUGAAGUUCCUGACGGCUGUGUCGGUGGUGAAGCAUAUCGUGACGCCCGAGUGGCUGGAAGAGUGUUUCAAAUGCCAGAAGUUUAUUGACGAGCAGAGCUACCUUCUCCGAGAUGCCGAGGCAGAGGUGCUCUUCUCCUUUAGCCUGGAGGAGUCCUUGAAAAGGGCGCGUGUUUCUCCGCUCUUUAAGGCAAAAUAUUUUUACAUCACACCUGGAAUCUGCCCAAGUCUUUCAACAAUGAAAGCGAUUGUGGAAUGUGCCGGAGGGAAAGUAUUAUCUAAACAGCCAUCUUUCCGGAAGCUCAUGGAACAUAAGCAGAAUAAGAGCUUGUCAGAAAUAAUUUUAAUAUCCUGUGAAAAUGACCUUCACUUAUGUCGAGAGUAUUUUGCCCGAGGAAUAGAUGUUCAUAAUGCAGAGUUUGUUUUAACUGGAGUGCUUACACAAACACUGGACUACGAAUCAUAUAAAUUUACCUGAUGGCAUCGGCUGCAUGUGCCCGGAGCCCCAGAGCUCAGGUCUGGCUGCAUGGCAGCCAGCGUUUCCACCAGAUGCCCAUUUUCCAGCUGCUUUCUUUGGUGACAGCAUUUUAAAGCAGGAAGAUAAAUAUAAUAAGUAUGCUGCAUCUUAUUAAGAUGUGUAAUUUUAUUCUGAGGAAACUUAAAUUAUAUUUUGUAUUAUACAAAUUUAAGAGCCCACAUUAGGUUUUAUGAUUCAUUUACCAGGUUUUUAAAUGUUUUCAAAGCACUGUUUUAGAAUUUCAGCUACAAAUAAAAUGGUGUAAAUAAAGACCUUCUAUCUCUAAACUAUGGAUGUUAAAAAGAUUUGAAAUGUUUUGUACUUUAUUUUUAUUUCUUAUACUCUUUUCUUUUAUAUUGGUAUCUUGCCCACAUUUUAAAUAAAUGUACUUUUGAACUUAGAA